AGUCUGGCAAAGUCAUUCGUUGUUGGCCUUCCGAGCGAGUCUGAGAUUGCUAUCCAAAUUCUAAUCGGUAGUCAUUGUUUGAAAAUCAAUUUUGUGUUUGGUAGACAAUCUCGGUGGUCCCGAUCGUCGCAGAAUGCAGAUGUUACAAAGUGGGCUCCAGGAUAUCGCGCUGAGCUCUCUAUCGCUAUCUUGGCCUAGAGAUCACUGCGAGGAUCCCUUCGCAUCGGAUCCAUGGAGCGAAGACCGCAGAAAUCUUUCGCCGGCAAUAAGCUUCAACCAAGGUUACAGCUUCAGCUUCGCUCCGAGUGGACAUUCGAGUAACGCGUCGCAAGGUGAACUACCGUCAUGGUCUCCCCAAAGGAGCGACGAUCCCUUGCACAAGUUCCGUGCCAGCAUGCAGACCGGAGAACUGAGCAAGCUGACCGAACAAUCGAGUUCCUUCUUGUCGAACACAACAAAUAGGAAAACUGGUUCCCUUUCAUCUGCUGGCUCGACAGAGUCGGUGAACUCACAACAUUCGCCCUCCACGACGUGGAGUGCAGUGGUUCAAAAGAACCCACGCCCGAUGAAACACAAGAAACCGAAGCCCGCGAAGACAUUCACGGUCACUUUGUCCGCGUGCUGCAUGACUCCAAAGAUAAGGCUUAUAUGCACUUGUUGCAACGAAGAGACAUUCAUCAAGGUGAAAGAAGAAAUGAAACCUCGCUUGAUACCGGUGUCGACUUCGCAACUAGGCUUCUGCCGAUUCUGCCAAACGAACGGAGAUCCGCCAGAGGUGUAUCAGAGUCACUCUCUGCGUUCGGACGACGGCAAAGUAACGUGUCCAGUUCUGCGUGAAUACAACUGCCCGAUCUGCAACAACGGGGGCGGCGAUUUUGCUCAUACAAUCAAGUACUGCCCCAUGGCUCGCAAAGCCAAGCCCAGCAAUUAGCACUCCGAAUUGGCCGGGGCAUCAGGUCCAUGAUGCUGAGGUCGUCCCAGCAAUGGCUGGUACUCGACCGAGACCUCUGCGGGUCUGGACAAAAACAUGACUGCGAUUUUCUCGGAAAAAAUCAAACUCUUAUACGAUAAUUGCUCCUGACUAGAACUCGUUCUAGCGGACGUUUCUAACUCCGAAUAAUAUCUACAAAAGUUAAUAUUUUUUGUGUGACCGGAACGUUUUGACGUUGUGCUCUGUAGUGUCGCAUCCCAGGAUUUCGGUGGUCGAUUUUCGAGGCAUUAAGCCUCACCCUUGCUUCUCAUUUUUUUCCAUUCCUUCUCGUCCACGCUCCGAUCCGCCAUGGUUCGCGGGAAAGAACGCUGUUCGAGAAGGCAGGAUCCCGAGUCUGACUCUAUCACUGGUGGUUAUUGGAGGAAGAUUCGCAUUCUACCAUUCUUUACCUUUCGGUUCAUUUCCAGAAGACUCCAUCGUUCCUUAGUCUUGGUUCGUUGAAUCUUCAAAUUUUCCCCUUUUUUCAUUUUUCUCCUCGCUCCUUUUCUAUCCCGAUUCGACCGAAGAAAUCCUCUGAGCAGAUCGCGAGCACGGCAUGAGCACACAUCAUGAGGCACCUACAGUUUGUUGGCAAUUUGUGAAACAAGCAAAAAUAUUAUCAGCUCAUGGUUGGGGGGCGCGUGGACUUGCAACGGUGACUCGCCUUUGAUCGCAGGGUAUUUAUAGUUGUCACGAAGUUUUGAAAUUGCUAAUUUGUACCAUAACGAUACGUGAUGACUUAGGACACCGAUGUUGAAAUGCAAGGGCUCACCAACGUCUGCUAAACUAAAUUGUACACUCUGUGAUGUUUCCAAUAAAUGCAAAUGACUAUC